CUCAGAGUUGGUUUAGAAAGCCAUGUUAGCAGGUUGGAAUUGGCAAAACCUAGUUAUAGCUCUCACACUGCCUAUCCCUCUCUCUGCCUCUCUAUCUUCUCCUUCACUCUCAUUCGCUCACACCUGUCACAGAGCUCAGGAGCUCAGAAGAAAGAGGUCACACAGAUGUUCCAGCCUCAACUUUCCCUCACAGUCCUUUGAGAUCUCAAGCAGCGGGGCUUCAAAACUUUGAAAGUAAAAAUAACUUUGGAUUUUGGUUAACCAGUGAACGGCAAAGGAAGGACCGUGAACUGUGAGCUGUUUCCUUUCUUCUGUUUUAUUUUGGCUUUUUGGACCAAACCUGUAGUGCAGAGAUGAAACUGAAACAUCCUCAGAUGGUUCUCCAUCCCCUUCUGCUUGGGGUUUUCUUUGCUCUUGCUGAUGCCAAGGGAACCUUUUAUGGCAGCCCUUACAGGUACAACCUGUACACUUCAGGAUCCAGCCCACAUUACAACCCAGGCAAACCCAUGAGCCGACACAAAAACUUCUGCGCCUAUGUCGUUCAGAAGAACAUCUCGUGCACAAUGCAGGACGGCACAUCCACCUACGUCAAGGCAGAGUACAACAAGUGUACCUGGGGGCAGAAGUGCCCAACUGUCAUGUACCGCACCUUCUACAAGCCCAAAUACAAGGUGGGUUACAAGACGGUGACUGAACUGGAGUGGCGCUGCUGCCCAGGUUUCUCUGGGGAGGGCUGCCAUGAUGGGCCCACCUCCCUCCCUGAUCUGAUGCCCCCCUUUAAGGACUCAAUGACACCCCCGGGCUUCAAGGGGCAGCCUAGAGGACAUCCACAGGGACACCCUGAAAAACAUAGACCCUUUCCCAUUGGACAUCCUGAGCAGCAUAAACCAUUUCCUAUUGGCCACCCAGAACAACAAAGACCCUUUCCCAUUGGACAGCCUGAGCAGCACAAGAAGUCGUACUACGCUCGGAAGUUUCAGGGGGUGUUGGGCGAGCGUCUGGACCGCGUGGAGGCCAGCCUACGCCUCUCCUUGCGCGAGGACACCAACAAGAUGCUGGGCUCUCUGCUCAGCACCCCACCCCGGGGCUCCGACUCCAGCGUGGGCUUCGGAGUGAUCCCUGACGGCACCCCUGAGGGGCUGGAGGGAGGGGAAGGCUUCCUAGGCUUCGGGGAGCUGGCAGGGAAGGUGACAGAGGUGAAAGAUGAGCUGAGAACCAAGAGCCAGAUGCUUGAUGAGCUUCAUGGGAUGGUGGUCGGCCAUGAUGGGCAGCUCAAGCACCUGAUAGAGGCUGCAGCCGGAAGACCUUCUCCCAUAACCUCCCAGACACUUCUGGAGGAACUUGUGGACACCAAGCUGGCAGGGAUGCGCUCAGAGAUCCUGGACGGCUUUGAGGCACGCCUGUCUGGGCUGAAGAGUCAGUGUGAGGCCCGCAUUGAGGAGGUCCAGCGCCAGUGCCAGCAGGAGCACCUGAAUGGGCAGCACCACAUGGAGCAGUCCCUGGACGGCCGGGAGACGGGUCUCAGAAAAGAACUGGGCAACUUGCAGGCUCAGAUCCAGGGCCUGACGCUGACAGAGAGCUGCUGCACCCAAGUGUCCAGUCUUUCCCAGAGAGUCUUGCUGCUGGAGGAAGGCCUGAAAAGCCUGGCCGAAUCCCAGAGAGUUCAGCAAUCCAGCAUAAUCGGGCAGGCGGCCCAAGUGGAGACCUUCUUUGAUGGGCGGCUGGAUGAGAUAGAAGCCAGGCUGAAUGCCACAGAGAAGGCAGACACAGAGGAGAAGAUGAAGGGAUAUGUGGGCUCCGAGGUGGACGGCUUUAAGACUCUUCUGGACGAGAAGCUGAGGAUGUUGGAGGAACGGCUUUUCGUAGCAGUGGAGGAACUCGGUAACGCCACCGCUCCAGCUGUCCUGGAAGGUCAGGCUGUUCCUGCUCUGGAGACAGAGCUGGAGGCCCUGAGGAAGCAGGCUCAGGGAGGUCUUGAGGGGGUGCAAAGCCGAUUGACCGACCUGGAGACCCUGUGCUCCUCAGCCUGCCCGCACGCCGCUGGAGAGGUUCAAAAGCUCCACAGUGAGAUGGAGGAGUGCUGUGAGACGGACAAGAAAGUGUCGGGUCAGCUGGAUUCCCACGCAGACCUCCUGAGGAGGCUGAAUGGCACGCUGCAGGAGAUCCUAGCCAGGCUGGCCCGGAAGGAGGAGGAAGGGUCAAUCCAGGGAGAGAUCACUCUGCUGAAGAUCAACGUCAGCACAGUCAACCGCUCCCUCAAAGGACUGCAAGAAUCCAUCAGCAUCUACGCCCAGGAGGUGAGCCAUGCCAACUCCACCUGGCAGCAGCACGAGCUGAAGAUGGCAGACCAGGUCCAGGGAAUCCAGCAGCUGGUGGGGCGGCAGGGAUCUCAGCUUGGCUUCAGCGAGCGCCGGCUCCACCAGCUGAAGGGUGAGCUGCAGAGCCUGAAACACAGGCUGACUGGGGAGCUGAAGGGGUGCAAGAGUGCUGCUCUGGGAGCCCAAAAAGAGAUCACCCAGGUAGAUGGGAGGAUCUCGCAGGUGGAAGGGCUGUGUGGCAGCCUGGGAGACCUGGCAGGAGACCUGGAGAGAAUCCGAGGAGAGCUGGAGAGUCAUUCUGAUGAUUACUUGGCCCAGGUGAAUGGGACACUUUCCACCCACUCUCACCAGCUAGCUGAGCUGAAGGAUGGGCUUAAAGACUGUCUGGACAAAUCGGGUGGUGCAGAAAAAAGGAACGACCAUUAGGUUUGGAAUUAGGGGGGAGGGAGUUCAACAAGAUUUUAUAUCAAAGGGGCAUUUUUGUUUUCACUUUUUUUAUUAAUUAACUGCCAUUCUUAACUUAUAUGAAAAAAGACUGUAAUGUGAUAUAUUAGUAAUAUUUUUUAAAAAAAGAACAAAGAUAACAGAAACUAAUAAGCUGCUAUGGGUUCAUUCUGGCAAGUCAAUUCUACUCGAUUUUACUGUUUCAAAUGGUGCUAAAGUUUUUGUACAUGUUUCUGUUUCGUGUGAAUAACAUGAGUUUGUAAAAAAAAAAAAUCAAAAAUUCAUUUUCUCUCA